AUGACCGACCAGUAUGGACUCAUCUUCACCAUCCGGCUCAGGACGUUCCAGGCCCUAGUGGUGAGUGGCACUGAGAUGGCCAAGGAGUGUUUCACCAAGAAUGACGUCACGCUGUCCACUCGGCCACGGCACUUGGCCCAGAAGAUCUUGGGCUACUCCUACGCCAUGUUCCCGCUCGCACCUUACGGCCCAUACUGGCACGAGGUGAGGAAGAUGGUCACCUUGGAGCUGCUCUCGAGCCGGAGGGUCAACUCGUUUCUCAACCCCAUACAGGCCUCCGAAGCGGACUUGGCCAUUCAAGAGCUGCACGAGCUUGGAUUGAGAAAGGACGAUUCAGGCCACAUCAUAGUAGACUUGAAGCAGUGGUUUGCGAAGUUGACUCUGAACGUGACCCUGAGAAUCGUGGCCGGAAAGCGCUACCGUGCAGCGGACGAGCAAGAGAAGCAGCAGUGCCAAAAGGCGUUACGAGAGUUCGUCGACUUCUUUGGGUUGUUUUUAUCGGCAGACGCUUUACCUUUCCUGAGGUGGCUCGACUUAGGUGGACAUGAGAAGGCCAUGAAGAGGACUGCAGAAGAACUAGACGAAAUUAUAGGUGGUUGGUUGGAGGAUCACAAGAGGGAUAAUAAGGAUUUGGGACUGAUUUUUCAACUGUUUGGACUGAGCAGUAACGGAGGGGAUAUGGUAGUAGAUAGUGAGGUUAAAGAGUUGCAAAAUAUGGUUGACACAACACCGAAGGAACUUCUGGAACUGCACAAGUCAUCAGCUGAACAAAAAUAUGUGAUUGUAGAUCCUAAUGAAAGGCUGAAUGCUUCUCUGCAGUCUUGUGCUGAAGCAAAUGAGAUUAUGGAUAGUCAAAAGGCAUCCAUAGCUAUGCUUAAAGAACAGUUGGUGAAAGAGCGAGAUCAAAGAAGAGAAGAACGUGAAAGGGCAGCAGCAGAUUUAACAGCUGCUGUGCAAAGAGUUCAUGCAGAGGCUCAGGAGAUGCUGCCUCAAAACGAGAGCAAGAGCAGCAAGAAUUAA